AUGUCUCCAAAAGAUCCUCAGGGUGGUGUUCCCCCUCCAGCAAAGGCUCCUGGACUAGUUUCCUCAAGUCAAUCGCUUCCUUCAAUGGAGAUCUCUCGUCCCUCACAGCUCCCCCCCUUUAUUUUGUCGUCGACCUCCCUCACCGAAUACUCGGCCUAUUGGGCUGAGCACCCUGCCGUUUUCGUUGCUCCGGCUAAGGAGGCCGAUCCUGAGAAGCGAGCGUUGCUCGUGCUGAAGUGGUUCCUGACGACUCUUCACCAGCAGUACUGCAGCCGCAGCGAGAAGCUCGGCAGUGAAAAGAAGCCUCUGAACCCUUUCCUAGGGGAGCUCUUCAUUGGAAAGUGGGAGCCAGGCAGUGACCCCGAGCUGGGCGAGACACUCUUGUUCAGCGAACAAGUCAGCCACCACCCGCCCGUUACUGCGUACGCAAUUCGAAACGAGAAGCACAAAGUUGAGUUACAAGGAUACAAUGCGCAAAAGGCCUCAUUCUCAAGCACCAUUCAAGUCAAGCAAAUCGGACAUGCGGUAUACACCGUCACCCCUCCAGGCAGCAACGAGAAGGAACGCUAUGUGAUUACCCUACCAAACCUCCACAUCGAGUCUCUGAUCUAUGGCACCCCCUUCGUUGAGCUAGAAAAAUCCACUAAGAUCGUCAGCAGCAGCGGCUAUGCCGCAAAGGUCGACUUUUCCGGCAAAGGCAAGCGAGGGGAGAAGAAUCCUAGUUACACCAUCGACGGUCAAUGGUCUGACUCCUUCACCGUGAAGGACGCCCGAACCAAGAGCGUCGUGGACAAGUGGUGCAUCAAGGAGAACGCCACUACCCCGCUCACCCUCGCCCCGCUCGACCAGCAGGAUGCGUACGAGAGCCGCAACGCCUGGAAGGAUGUUGCAGCCAAUAUCGAGAAGGGAGACAUGGACGCCGUGUCGACGCACAAGUCGCGUAUCGAGCACGCGCAGCGCGAGCUGCGGCGCGCGGAGAAAGCCGAGGGCCGCGAGUGGGAGCGUCGCUUCUUCAGCCGCGUUGACGAGAGCUCAGAUGAUUCCGUGAUCCAGAGCCUGGCCCACUCGGUUGAUGUCGCUAAUACUACUGAGAACGAGAAGACUAACGGUAUCUGGCGCUUCAAUCCGGAGAGUGCGGCCGGUGCCCAACCGCCUUAUCACAAGACUGGGACCGAGGGCCUGGGUCUGGAUGGUUAA